AUGUACUCUGUCUCGCAAGUCCAACAACUCCAGCAAAAGGUUGCUGACUACGAGCGUCAACAGCCAGCCACUGGUACAUCAGCCGCUCAGCAAGACUCUCCAUCUCAAGAUCAGGGUGCCUCGAAUGGUGAUCCUCCAACAACAAGGAAUACGGGCAACUCACCCGUAGCUGACAGCCACCUCGGCACAAGGGCUGCUGAAACUCCCCGUUCAGAGACCUCUGCCUUCUCGCUUCUUGGCCAGCGACCCCCUAAUGAAGAUCGUGUCCCACCUUCGACAAGAGUGCCGACCAGUCGGGCACCCAGAGCCAUCUUGCCGGAACCCAGUCUAUCCUCCAGCGAGAUCUUUGGCACCGAGAUCCGAACCCUUCUCCUCGCCAGAUCUACUGCCGGAUCAGAAAAGAGUCCCGCAGCAUCCAUGGCUGUUGCAUCUCCUCACUUGGAUCGCGAGUUAAUCGCCAACGUCCGUGGCUGGCCAUCCGAGGAAGAGGCCAACCAGCUUCUGGAACUUGUCGUGUUAAACGUCGGCAUAUCUCAGCAUUUAUUCGACAUCCGGUCCUUCUCCGAUAGCCUAUCACGUCUUUAUCGGGAUACCGGGAAUGAGACACCGAUCCGCGGGCUCUGGUUUGUUCAGGUUCUCUUCGUCUUGGCGAUAGGGAAACUUCUCCGCGCGGGGACUGUUGAAGAUUCCGAAGUCCCAGGAGUUGCCUUUUUCAACGAAGCCAUGAAACAUAUGCCGGCCAUGAGUGAUAUGAAGAAACACAGUAUCCUAGGCAUCGAAGUUGUGGGGCUCGCUGCCCUCUUCCUUCAGGUUGCAGACCGAAAGGAUGAAGCCUAUCUCUAUGCAAGCAUGGCUUUGAGACUAGCAAUCAGCCAUGGAAUGCACAAGUCGACGGGCAAUGGCAACUUGUCGCGGUCAGAAGCUGUUCACCGCAGUCGCCUCUGGUGGACCCUGUAUAUGCAAGAGAGGAGAUUAGCUGCAGCUGGAGGCUACCCAAUGGCUAUUGCAGAUGAAGCCAUAUCCAUUGGCCCACCGACUGACGUGGCUGGGUUUGCAUCCGCUGCCGCCAUCCGAGUCAACGUGAGAGCUGCCCAGAUCACUGGUCGUAUUACUUCAACAAUCUAUGUGCAAAACACAAACUCGGAGACCUCCUUCAUCAAAGACAUUGAGGCGAUUCUGCACUCCCUCCACGAUGUCGAAUCCACAAUGCCAGCCGAGUACCGCAUGAAUUUUAGCCCUACAGACUUAACAGUAGCUGGUAUACUAUUCUCUGACGCCGAUCCUUCCUAUGCGAGAACAAGCGCGUCGCUCUAUUUGAGUAUCUAUCAGGCCGUGAUCCAUACAGUCCGGCCUAUACUCCUCUACAUGGCUCGCAACGUCCGUGAUCGCGAGUCAGAGUCCGCCCCGAACCUAAGCCCAACCCUGCGUCGACUCGGUGAAAUAUGCAUCGAAGCGGCUCGGAAGAGCCUGGCGAUCUUGCAAGCUCUUCGCAACACCGAGUUGAUUGCAAAGAACGCUUUCCUCGACCUCGACAUCCUCUUCUCCGUCGGCUUCGUCUUCGUCCUCGUCGAAGCCAUCCACCCGGGCAGGAACCUCGGCAUAAGCGGGAUCGAGGGUUCCAGAAGCGUGCUCCAGUACCUCGUAACAGUGGGUAACCGAGCAGCAGCGAAGCGUCUAGGAGAGCUAGACCAGAUGUGUCUCCAUCUCCGGCCCCCGUCCCAAGACCAGCAGGCCUCGGGCCAGGAUCUGCCAUACGAGACGGCCAACGCGGCGGCGGGGUUGGCUGCGCAUAUGAGUGGUUCUAACCCUGAGCGAAGUGGACAGUCAGAGGGGGAUCAGCCUAUGGAUCUGUCCAACAGUCCGAUGCUGAAUGCAAUGUUUCCUGGGAAUGGAGAUCUGGCCAACAUAUCCUUGCAGGGAGAGGAUGGGCUUUAUUGGGUUUAUCAUGAGCCUGGAUUUGUUUAUACAGGUGCUGAGUUGGCGGAUUGGGAGGCUUUGGAGUACUAG